AAACUUCAGUCGAAAAAAAAAAAUAAUAAUGUUGAUUUGAAUAUGUUUUAAAUUGUUUUAGCGCAAAUUUUAAUUCAAUUCACGUUUAUUUCGGAUAUCUAAUUGUAACACAUGUUGAGGAGAUGUUUUAGUUGAAUUUGUGGUUUUAUAUUUUAUCCUAACCUAGAAUUUAUAUGUGAAUGGUAUUUAAUUGUUAAAGAUAAUUAACAAGAUGAAGAUAAUCAUCAAAAAUUUGAAAGGAGGUAGCAGCGUGGUCGAUGUGACCGAAACUACCACGAUUUUGGACGUUAAAAAGAUGGCAGAACAUGAAAUCAACAUUCCUAGUUCACAACAAACCCUAGUCUUAUUUGGGAAGACAUUGCAGGACGAGAAGACCAUUGGUGACUAUCCAAAGAUAAAAGAUGGAACUAAACUACAUGCUGCUGUGAAAAAGACUGAAACUCUGCAAAUGGUGAUGGGUCGAUUCUUGAGAAAGUACUACUCGGAAGAACAGUGCAAUCUAAUUGUGAAUGAAUUUAUGCGAAUUGUACAGACCAAUAUGGAUAGUUUAAGUCUGGAUGAUUUGGAAAGAAUUGCCAAAACUGAAUUGUCCAGUUAGUUAUAAUUGUUUCCUUACUUUUUAAGUUAAUGAAUAUGUAUAACAAUCAAAUUAUUUAAUUAAUAAAACUUUUAAAUUA